AUGAAACUUGCUCUUCUUGUCGUGGCUGUUGCCAUGCUCGGCUCUGUUGCCUAUUCGAUUGAAGGAGACUACUACGACUAUCCGAGUGCGUCGGAAUUCGCGAAGCGCGGGGUCUUCGAUCGCAAGAUGGAUUAA